AUGGUGGAGGCCAGCAAACAAAGCAUUCACCACACGCGAAAUCUUGGUGUGCUGUGUGGGUCGUCAAACGAGUCGAGUUACCUGGAUAUGAAGUUCGCAGGGGAUGAUCUUGGAUUGUUUGUGCUUCGCACGUGCUACAUCCAUCGCACGUUGUGCCAUCUGCAGCUGUCAGCAGAGAAGUUUCCCAAGCUCUCAGCGAUUCUCACUACUAAGCUCUGCUCCUCUACUUUGAUGGCUCUCGGUGUUUCCAAGGUCGCCAGCCUGCUGUGCGCGGGAAUCUUCCUGCUCGCUCUCGCACUCACUCCUGGCGAUGCUGCCACCACGUUCGCCGUUAACGGCCCUCUGAGCGGCGGGCAGUGUUACAACAAAAUCAAUUACAACGACAGUCCGUACUUCGACAAUGGCAUGGUUGCGCAGGUGCCGUCGAGCGAUAUCAAAGGCGGCAAGGGUUGCGGAACGUGCUACCGCGUUUCCUGCAAAAACCACCGAAGCUGCAACAGGGGAAAAGCCGUGACAGUGCGCGCGAUCAACGACGGCGGCAGCGGUUUCAACCUUAAUUAUCCCGCAUGGGACAUAAUCUCCAGGGACCGUAACGCGGGCAACGUGCAGGUCGAGUACAUCCGCGUGCCCUGCCCGUCUGACAGUAGGAUAGCGGUUAUGAUCAUGCGUUACAGCAGCAAGUGGAAUUUCGCCAUUCAGAUUCUUCGCGUGGGGAAGAGCGGAGGCGUCGAGAAGGUGGAGAUUUCGAGCGACGGCAACGAUUGGAAGAGCAUGCGGAAGGAAGGAGCGCCGUGGGUGCUGAAUCCCGCCACAGGCGUCGUGGACACGGGGAGCGCGGUGAGCGUACGCGUGACAGCGCUGGGCAGCAAGAGGCACGUGGUGCUGCAGGACGUGAUUCCGGGCGAUUGGAGCGCCGGCGCGCCCUACGAGAGCGACAACAACUUCUAG